CUCUUCCAGUAUCCAAACCUUCAAACAAGCACUUAAGGUUCCUCUUUUCACAAAAGCCCUCCUCAUAACUAAUUACUCAGCUCCUCUGUCCCCACCAGCAACUUUCUUUCCUACUUCUUCCUCCUUAUUUCCUCAUUCACUCCUCCUAGCGCAUGUCAGAUCUUUGUGAUCUUAUGUUCCCGGCUGUGACCCCAGUGGGCCAGUGGUGGAUACAGAGAAGAGAAACUUCUGAGGCUUCAGAUAGCUCUUGCGCAUGAGCCGGAGAGCAAGGAAAUUAAAUAGAUUGGUUGCAGAGUGGUAGCAAUGCUGGAUGAUGAGGUCACAGUUGCGUACUCGGGAAGUGGCGAAUAACCAGAGAUGGCGUGGGGUCUAACCCACCAGAAGUCUUCUCCAGGGACCCCUACAAGGGAAUUUGGGUUUCGCUGAACUCAAUGAGCAGGUCGUGGCCAUCUGACUGGGUUUCCCUGUACAGACGUCUGAGAACCUCUGGUGACUUGAGUAUUGAGGAUUAUAGGUGAGAGCAGAACAUAUAGUAGAAGAUGAGGACAGAAACUAAUGGCACUGUUAGACGCACUGGAACCAAUGGUCAGGAUAUCAGACUGGAACCAAUGGCAGAGAGUAUUGGGCUGGAACCAAUGGCAGAGAGUAUUGGACUGAAACCAAUGGCAGAGAGUAUCGGACUGGAACCGAUGGCAGAGUGUAUCGAACUGGAACCAAUAGUCAUACAGAGUACUUCCACAAGCUGCAGGAGUCACAGUCUGAAGCCUAGAGAUAAAGAUGAACUUACCAAAGCACUUAUGCAGUGGCAGUAACCGAUCCAGUACUAGAAGCACGCUGAGUCUGAGUAGCGGGGUUGAAGGAGAUAAUGAGGAUAAUGAAAUACCAGAGCACCCUCAACGAUACAAACCUAGACAUUCCCUGCCGAAAGAAAGGCCCCCACCAAGGCCACCACGGCCUCCAAAGGUAGAAAACCGAAGCUCCAGAAGGAACUGGUCUGGCAGCAACUCCAUCAUCCUCUGAGACAAAACAGCAACUGAACUCCUGUGUGAUCAGCAAUGUGUUAUCUAGUUUUUGGGGGAGGGGACUUUCUCAUUCAUGAUGAGUCACUAGUCUAUUUGUAUAUGCUCCACAGGUUCAGCCUUGAAGACAUCCAAAGGGGCUGGCCUGAGCUUCCUGUCCACUACCUGUUUGGAAUAUCUAUUGUUCUAAUAAAAGUGAUUUUACCUUUCAUACAUUUAAUC